GCUUAAAUAAAUUGAUUGCAACCACUUACCCUAAAAUUUUUUGUAAAUUGAAUGUAUAAUUUUUAGUGAAUAAUUUUCAGUGUACUAACCAAGUCAUCAACAAAUCUUUUAUUUUGUCCAUGACUCGUGUUUCCUGUUUACCUCAGAGACUGAUGUCUUUAUCUUUACUUCCAUGGAGACUCAUGUUUAUAGAAACCAGACUGUACACCGACUCUCUUCAGACACCUGAUGAUGAUGAUGGACUCUAUGAAUGAACCAACCUCACUAAACCAACUUCACGAGCAAAUAUCCACUUUAACAGAUGAGAAUGUACAGCUGCGUGAACGUAAUGAAGUGCUGUUCAGUAAGCUUGGCUCGGUCCAGAACAAACUUGGCCAGCAGGCCGCUUCAAAGAGCGAUCUGUCCGUCAAACUGGUCCAAUGUGAAGAAGAAAAGCUGAAGAUCUCAAAAAACCUUGUAGAUGUACAAAUAGAUGCCAAUAAAAUGAGAGAGAAGUAUGAAGCAGAGAUCUUUGAGCUGAAAAACAUGGUUUUAUCCCAGGACGGCACAAUCUCAUCUCUUCAGAUGGAGCGAGAUCGGCUUAGACAGGAAGCGUCGGCAUCGUCGGCACGUUUAGAAGUCAUUGAGAGAAGUGAGCGUGACCUGGCCGAAGAGCACGCGGUGCUAAAGGCCGACUUUCUUUCAAUGAGUGCCGCUUAUGAGAGAGAGCGUGCGCACACCGAAGAGCUCAGCGGCGAGCUGCUCACACUCGCACAAACACACGACACACUCCUGCGAGAGAGAGAGCGCACACACAGACACACGCUGGAGGUGGAGAGGGUUCGAGCGCUCCUCAGUAGGGCAUCCCAAAACAGAGUCAGGCCCGAGGAUUUUGAACAGAGCAAAGUCCCGCUGGUGAGAAAUGAAGUGCACAAUAUCAUGAAAGAUGAGCUGGAAAAACUGAGGAAAAGUUACGAAGGGCAACAGCGACAACUGGAGGAGAAAGUUGUUUCUCUGGGAAAGGAACAACAAGAAAACAAAAGAGCCAUUCAGUAUACCCGACACAAGCUCGCCCAGCAGUCUGCAACGUUGAUUAUUUCUCAAGACCAGCUGAAGGAAACAGAAGCUGAACUCUCUAAAGUACAAAAUCAUCUGAAGGAGCUCAACCGAGCGUACAGAGCCCGACUCGCCCGCUACAUGCAGGACAUUACAGAGUGUGUCACAACAGUAAGUGCUGGUGAUUUGGGACACAAGCUGAAGGGGUUCGUCGAGUCAAUGCUGGAGGAGAUGAAAGCAUCAUAUCGCUCCAGAGAGGAACAGCUCACUAAAGCAGUCCGAACGUCUCGCAAACGCAUACAGAGUCUGAACGACACAUAUCAGAGACUUCUCAUCGCCUACAGAGAGCAACGUGAGCAGAUCUUGGCACACGCUUUAGAUGCCGGACCACCAGAGGUCGACUUCAGUCUCCCCGGAGCCGAAUUAAGAGGAGAGACGGAGAGGGAACUACAGAGACUCAGAGAGGACAAAGCCCGACUGGAGAUUCGACUCAGACAGGCUCAAGAACAGAUGGCUGUUUUGUCGGAGUCUCAGAGGGCUGGAUUGACACCCGAGGCCUGGGAUGAUGUUAAAAAACAGCUCGCAGAAAUAACCAACACCACACAAGAAGCUCAAGAGAGAGAGCGAGCCCAGCUCAUCGCCCGUGCGACGGUCGCCGAGGAGCAGUUGUCUGAGCUGAAGGAGUAUGUUGAGAACCACCUGGGCAGGUAUAAGCUGGAGAUAACGCGACUGCGCAGGCGGCUGGGAUCAAAAGAUGGAAGGUCAAAUAGUGCUGGAGUCCGUAAGCCCCGCCCUCUCCAUACAUCAAUCAAAAACAGCAGUUAUGAGAUAUAAUACAGGAGUUCACCAGCUCCGCCUUUCCAUGAAUGAAUCACAAAUGGAAGUUACACAAGCAGUACACAAACCCCUCCACAAAUCACUUGAAAAAAACAUGGCCAAAAAACACUAAAACAUAAGAAGUAGUAAAAUAAUAUCUGCUUUGAUAAGCUAAUGAAAACAAGUAUAAACAGACCAUUAAUACAUCUAACUGUGAUGAUGCUUUUUGGCGUUAUUUAUGUGAGAAUAUUAGGAUAUCACAAAAUCUGAUAUCAGAUGAGGAGCUUCCAGGUUUCUGAUAUCUUAAACAGAUCUGCUGACAGAAGUAAAGUGUCAGGCAUUAUUUUUGUGAGGUUGUUUUGCAUUUUAGGCAGCACAAGCCUAUUUAUACUAAAUAAUCAAUCUAGUGUUUUCCUUACUUGGCUAAAAGCGUCUGCUAAAUGUAAGCGUGAAUAAAUAAAUGGUUUAAGUAAAAGUUGAAGAGCAAGAUUUUCACCUGAUUUUCACUUUACUGAUGUUGUUUUGAAUGUAAACAUCUUUAUCAGCAGUCUCUUCACGUCUGUUUAGUGAUUUGCAUCCCUUCAGAACGGCUUUAAAUUGAAGUGUUUUUAGAUGGGUAUCAGCUUUUUGUUGUAUAUGUAAACACAGUCUGAUGGAUAAUUUACAUUUUACCCAACUGUGUAUUCAGUUUGAUUUUUAUUUAGUUUUUAUUUAUUACUAUCGCUAAUUCAAAUGAAAAAGCUGAGCAUCACUUCACGCUGCUGAUGCUGUGUUUUUUUUAAAAACCUGUGUGUUAUUCAAUUUGCUCUUCAUGAGAAACUAUGUGUGGAAUGUUUAAAUAGCUUAUGUCAAUUUUAUGGCCUGCAGGAUUGAAUCUGCCUGACAAUUCAAUGUUUGACGGUUUCGAGUAAUUUCGUUACAGAGCAUGUAGUUCACACACAUGGUUUUUCUCAGAAACAUACAUGUUAAAACAGAGACUUAAAUUAUUUGCAGGAGUCUCCUAGGGUGAAUUCUGGGAUAGUAAACCACAUGGGAUAUAAACAAACAUUUUCUGAAUAAAGACUUUUUUCCCAAUCUGACAUGGUUUCCAUUAAAGUUUUGCGCAAAACCUAAUGCAAAAUGACAGCGUUUCCAGAUUGAUCUCACCAGAAUUUGUACAUAUUACCAAAUAAAUUGUACAAAAAGUACGAUUGUCAUAAAAGAAAACGAUUUCCAAACACUGCCCCUAACCUCAACAUCACACGGGCAAAAGCAAAUCGUGCAAAAAUGUACAAAUGUGGUGUGAUGGACAUGAAUUAGCCACCUUGUAAAAUACGUACUAAUUUCCAUGAGAUAGCGUUGACAUUUCCAUUAACGAUUUUAUGCGGUUAAAGCGUAAUUUUUAUUCAUUCUUUCCCCGCCAGUGUUUUCUAAAAAAGUUGCCAGCCAGCACCAGCAUUUUUCAUGAUUUUCAUAAAAGUUUAAUGGCUUCC